AUGCUUUUUAACAAGGGUCUAUUAGCCUUGGCUGCCACUGCAGCUUUGGGUGUUUCUGCACAAGACGCUGUUGCACCAGCUGAUUCUGCUGUUGUUAAGCUAGAACAAGACAACUUCCAGGACUUCUUGAAGGAGAACUCCUUGGUUAUGGCUGAGUUCUUUGCCCCAUGGUGUGGUCAUUGUAAGAAGUUAGCUCCAGAGUACGUCAAGGCUGCUGAGGAGCUUAAGAGCAAGAAUGUCUCUCUAGUACAAAUCGACUGUGAUGACAACAGAGACCUAUGUAUGCAAUUGCAAAUUCCAGGUUUCCCAUCAAUCAAGUUGAUCAAGGACGGUGACAUUGCUCAUGCCAAGGACUACAACGGUGCUAGAACUGCCGAGGCCAUUGUCAAGUUCAUGAUCAAGCAAACACAACCAGCUGUUCAGGUCGUCGAAGACAAGGCUGCUCUAGAUGCUUUAGUGGCUAACUCUACAGUUCCAGUGGUUGUUGACUUCGGUGUCAACGACUUCAACGCUACUUUCUACCAAUUCGCCCACGCUCUUUCUGAUGACUACGUCUUCAUCUCUUUGCCAUCCAAGGAGAACAAGAUCUCUGUCUUCCUACCUGUCGAAGGUUCCUCUGCUGAAGAAAUUGUCUUCAAGGGAGACCACAAGACUUUGGCUAAGGACAGAUCUGUUUUCGAAGAGUGGUUGAAAGUUGAAUCUUUGCCAUUCUUUGGUGAAAUCAACGGUGAAGUUUUCAAUGCCUACUUAGAAAGUGGUUUGCCUCUAGCUUACUUCUUCUUCAAUGAACCAUCUGAAGUUGAAGAAAAUAGAAAAUUCUUCACUGACUUGGCCAAGAAGUACCGUGGUAAGAUGGCUUUUGUCAGCCUGGAUGCCAAGCAAUUUGGUAGACACGCCGAGAACUUGAACAUGAAGCAACAAUUCCCAUUGUUCGCUAUCCACAACAUGACUAGCAACCAAAAAUUCGGUCUACCACAAAUGGCCGAAGAAGAGUUCGCUAAGUUGAACAAGGCUAUCAAGUUAAAGACCAAGGACAUCACCAAAUUGGUUGAAAAUGUCUUAUCUGGUAAGGCUGAAGCUAUUGUCAAGUCUGAAGAAGUUCCAUCAGUCCAAGAAAGCAACGUUUUCAAGAUCGUUGGUAAGACCCACGACAAGAUUGUUGCUGAUCCUAAGAAGGAUGUUCUUGUUAAGUACUAUGCCCCAUGGUGUGGUCACUGUAAGAAGAUGGCUCCAACUUAUGAAGAAUUGGCAGACACUUACGCCUCCGACUCAUCCUCUAAGGACAAGGUUGUUAUUGCUGAGGUUGAUGCUACUGCCAAUGACAUUUUCAAUGUCGAAAUUGCUGGUUACCCAACCAUAUUGUUGUACCCAGCUGGUAAGAACGCUGAGCCUGUUGUUUACGAAGGUGACAGAUCUUUGGACUCCUUCUUGACUUUCAUUAAAGAAAACGGUGCCAACGGUAUUGACGGUUCUUCUCUACACAAGAAGUUCCUAGAGACCAAGAAGGCUGCUGAACAGGCUGAAAUUGAAGACGACAAUGAAGAUGAGGAUGGAUUUGAUGAUGAAUUGUAG